AUGGCAAUGAUAAAUAACAAAACACAAUGUUUUAAAUGUAAUAAAGACAAAAUUACAUAUUCUUGUAAAGGAUGCUCAAAAGAAUUUUGUUUAACGCAUUUAAACGAACAUCAACAAAUACUAAAUGAAGAAUUAAAUCAUAUUAUUAACGAUUAUGAUCAAUUUCAACAUAUAAUUAAUGAGCAAAAACAAAAUCCACGUAAUCUUUCAUUAAUAGAACAAAUUAAUCGAUGGGAAACAAAUUCAAUUAAAAAAAUUCAACAAAAAGCACAAUAUUGUAGAGAAAAUGUUAUUAAAUCUUCACAAACAUUCAUUAAUGAUGUUGAAAUGAACUUCAAAGAUCUAACAGAACAAAUAAAACAAAUUCAUGGAGAAAAUGAAUUUAAUGAAAUGAAUUUAAACUAUUUAAAGAAUCAAUUGAUAGAAAUUACAGAAGAACUAAAGAAGCCUUUAAAGAUUUCUAUUCGACAAAACUCAAAAUCAUUUAUUCACGAAAUUUCAAUUAUUUCAUCAAAAACAAAGAAAUAUGCUGAAUUUUCACGUUGUGAUCAUAUACCACAAACUGAACCAUAUCCAAAGAAUUUCUCACAAGAUUUAGAUGAAACAACUAAAGAAACAGCAGAAAAGAGAAAAAGAAAUAGGAGAAGAAGAAAAGCUCAUACAACAUCUGAUGUGGAAGAUAAACCAAAACAAAUAAAUCCAUCUGCUAGUAUGCCUAAACCAACAUUUAAUAUGGAUGAAUUUAAACGUGUUUAUUCAAAUGAAGAUACUGAUAAAAAAGCUAUACCAUAUUUUUGGAACAAUUUUGAUAAGGAUCAUUAUUCAUUAUGGUUUUGUGAAUAUAAAUAUCCUGAAGAUUUAAAACAAAUCUUUAUGACAUGUAAUUUAGUAUCAGGAUUUUAUCAACGUUUAGAAAAACUACGUAAAAAUGCAUUCGCUAGUAUGUGUAUUUUUGGUGAAAAUAAUAAUAAUACAAUUGCUGGUAUUUGGGUAUGGCGUGGACAUGAACUUGCUCUUGGACUUUCAACAGAUUGGCGAGCUGAUUUUGAAUCAUAUACAUGGAAGAGAUUAUCUGUUGACGAUGAAAAUACGAAAGAAUUAGUUAAACAAUAUUUUCUUUGGGAAGGUGAACAUAAUGGUAAAAAAUUUAAUCAAGGAAAAAUCUUCAAAUAA